AUGGUACCAGCAGUAGAGGUGGACCUCCAGCCAUCGGCCACGGGCUUCGUGGGCGGAGGGCUGCCCCUCGGAGGCUACGGCGGCUUUGGCGGACUCGGUCACGGAGUGAGCGGCUUGCAGAGUGGUUACGGCAGCGCUGGCUACGGACAGGGCGUGGGCGGCUACAGCAACUACGGCAACAACAAGGCCCUCGCGGGAGGCAGCUUCGGUCGGGGGGCGUACGGGAAGGGCGCCGUGUCGGCCUUCGGCAACCAAGGCCUCGGCCAGGGCGGGGUCGACCAGCUGGUCGCCCACGGCCUGCACGGCGUGGCGGGCGCCACGGGCUACAACCACCAGGGUGGUGUGAACAAGAACUUCGCCAGCAAGGGAGGCGCCAAGGACCAGUUCAACGCGGGACACAACAAGGUGUUCGCCAAGGAAAAGGUGUACGCCGUGGACCAGAGCUUCCAGAACGGAAACCGGGACGCCUUUAACCUGGGCUUCGGAAGCCUCGGAGGCUUCACGGGUCAGGGUGGCUUUGGCAAGCACGACAAGGUGAACCAGUUUGGAAACCAGAAGUACGGCGCCUUCAAGGGAUACGGACAAGGGAACUACGGCAAGCAGGCGCACAACACAUACGGGGAAGGCCUCAACGGCUACAACAACUACGGCCACCUCAACGGGUACGGCACGCAGGCGUACCAGAACAAGGGCUACGGGAACUACGGAAGCGGCGGUCUGGGUACCUACGGAGGGUCGCUGAACCGCGGCUACGGAGGCUACGGGGGAUACGGCAUCGGCCAGGGCAUCGGACAUGGCGUCGGCUACGGCGGACCCUUGUAUUACUGA